AUGCGCAUCUCCAACAUGCGUCUGCCCAACAGUCUGCGCAACCUGAGCGUGCGCUUGUCUCAAGUCCGAAUCCCACAUCCUCACCCGAGGCGCAUCAUUCUCUAUGUAAUGAUAACCGCUAUGAUGGUCGGUAUGAUUGUCAUCUUCACCAUGAGCGAUAGCCUCUUCGGCCCCAAAAAUACCGGCUUCGAUCCUCUGCUCUCGCGAACCAACGAUUACCGUCUGCUCACCAGCCGACGCAACAACUUGGGCUUCUACAACACCAUCAACGUCAAGAAGACUGGUCAGAAGAUUAUGAAUCCGACCCUUCUUGAAUUGCCAAAGGGUAGCAAGCAUGACUUUCUCGUCAUUGCCCGCGCUCCCCACGUCGACCAAGAUAUCAAGGGCAAAAAGUACCGACGCGCCCAGCAGGUCGCCACAUUCGUUAGCCUUACCUGGGAUGCGUUCGGCCGGCCCGAGCUCACUGCGGAUAACGAUUGGCAUAAGAUGCUUGUUGAGGACUUUACAGAAGCCCAAGGCCCUGAGCAUCACUGCAAGCGACAGCCCGACAUGGAUAAAUACAUUGGCCCCGAAGACAUGAAGCUCUUCUGGAGGAAGAACGGCACUCCCAUGCUUAUCUUCACCCACCAGGUCAACGACGAAAACCUCUGCGAGGGCAUGUACAUUGUCGAUGCCCGUGCUGCUGUUCCCGAGCUCGUCAAGCAAAUGGGCAAACACGCAAAAGAACUCCCAGCCAUCGAAUUCGACAAGCCUAUCCUUCUCCGACGCCAACCCCCCGAGGGCGAAGAAUCCGAUGCUCGAUAUCAACGCGAGAAGAACUGGGCUCCUGUCUACAACCCUUUUAGCGACGACGAUGACGAGAUGAUGUUCAUGGUCGAGCCUAGCCAGCUUUACCGCUUCAACUCAACCGAAGAGCCUGUCCAGAACAUGGACGCCGAAGCCGAGUCUGCGGUCGACGAGCCCUUCCCCCCCGAUCAUGAGGGCAAGACAUGGCACUCAGCCACCCAGACCUGUAUGAACGACGUUAUGCUCACCGACAAGCGAGUCCACCAAUCGACGCCCAUGCUGAGCUUGACCCUUUGCAAUCGCGGGGCUUGCGAGCCUGCGGCAAAUAACACGGUCAUCAUGGGUAUGGUGCAGAUGCGCUACGACCCUCCUCAAUACACAAACACGUGGUACGACCACCGUAUCGUUGUUUACUCGCCUAUUGCGCCCUACCAUAUGAUGAGCGUCAGCAAGAAGCUCACAUAUCACGGCGAGACCAACAGCAAGUACAUCUGGACUGGAAGCAUGGUGUAUCACGGAGACCAGCCAGCGCAACGUAGCCACGGCUAUCUCGAUGACGAGAUUCUGCUGAGCUUCGGUAUCGGCGACUCAGCGCCAGGCUGGCUGGACAUCAAGGCGGAGGAGCUGAUAAUUGAUCACUAUUUCUGCCAGGGCGCAACAUCGGGGUACAGGGAGAGCAUCAAACAGCAUUCAUCAUGA